GAGCAUGUUCCGGGAGGGGCGGGAGGUGGGCAGGGUUGGGUCUAGGAUGGGGGCACUGGCUCUCGGGUCCCCAGGGUCCCCACCUGUGCCAGCGCCCCCUCGGGGGCGGGGGAAGGAGCAGGUGACGUCACGCGCGGUCCCGGGGUGCCCGCGGCGGUGGCCACAGCCUGGCCGCGUGACCCGCGCGCGCCAAUGGCCCGGCGGUCUCCGGGGCGACGCGGAGGGUCCGCGCUCCGCCGCCGCUGCGCCCCCGCCCCGAGUCCGCACUGCAGAGAGUGGUGGCGAGCAGGCGCCGGCGCGCUAGCCCACGUGCCGCGCUGAGAGAGGGACAGGGAGAGGAAGAAGGAGAGGGAGUGAGAGGCAGCCAGGAAAAGAGGGGCGCACGACCCCGCUGCCGCUCGGCGCAGCCCCUGCGCCCCACCUGCUGGGACCUCGACGAGGAAGGACCCCGACCCAGAGGAAGGCUGUGGAGAUCUGUGCUGUCUGCUGUCGCCCUGGGAGUUGGCCUGAUACAUGUGCACCACGCAGUGAUCAUUAUCCCCUAAAUUAGGCUCCACAGAGAUUGGGGACAUGCCAUUGACCCUGUUGCAGGAUUGGUGUCGGGGGGAACAUCUGAACACGCAGAGGUCCAUGCUUAUCCUGGGGAUUCCUGAGGACUGUGGUGAGGAUGAAUUUGAGGAGACUCUUCAGGAUGCUCUCAGGCACCUGGGCAGGUAUAGGGUCAUUGGCAGGAUGUUCAGGAGGGAAGAGAAUGCCCAAGCAUUUCUCUUGGAGCUUGCCCAAGAUAUUGACUAUGCUUUGAUCCCCAGGGAAAUACCCGGAAAGGGAGGGCCCUGGGAAGUGGUUGUAAAACCUCGGAACUCAGAUGGAGAAUUUCUCAAUAGACUGAACCGCUUCUUAGAGGAGGAGAGGCGGACAGUGUCAGAUAUGAACAGAGUGCUUGGAUCAGACACCAACUGCCCUGCUCCAAGAGUGGCCAUAUCACCUGACUUCUGGACCUGGGCCCAGACCCUGGGGGCAGCAGUGCAGCCUCUGCUAGAACAAAUGUUGUACAGAGAACUAAGAGUCUUUUCUGGGAACACUGUGUCCAUCCCAGGGGCGUUGGCCUUUGAAGCCUGGCUUGAGCACACCACUGAGGUGCUACAGAUGUGGCAGGUGCCUGAGGGUGAAAAGAGGCGGCGGCUGAUGGAAUGCUUGCGGGGCCCUGCUCUGCAGGUGGUCAGUGGGCUCCGGGCCAACAAUGCUGCCAUAACUGUGGAGGAGUGCCUGGCAGCCCUGCAACAGGUAUUUGGACCCGUGGAAAGUCGUAAAAUCGCCCAUGUGAAAUUUUAUAAGGCCUAUCAGGAGGUGGGAGAGAAAGUCUCCAGCUUUGUGUUGCGUUUGGAACCCCUGCUCCAAAGAGCUGUAGAAAAAAAUGCAGUAUUGCGAAGGAAUGUGAAUCAGGCUCGCCUGAAACAAGUCUUAAGUGGGGCUACCCUUACUGACAAACUUCGAGACAGGCUUAAGUUGAUGAAACAGCGAAGGAAACCACCUGGUUUUCUGGCACUGGUGAAGCUCCUGCGUGAGGAGGAGGAGUGGGAGGCCACUUUUGGUCCAGAAAGGGGGAGGCUACAGGGGCUGGAUGCAGGAGUAAGGGCAUCUGCCAGAGCCAAUGCUCUCAGAGCAGUGUCAUUUGCUGCCCCUGGCAGCACUCUUCAGGCCAGGCCUUCCCAAGGUUCCCGGCGCAGGAGAGGCAGAGGACAGCAUCGAAGGGGGCGUGUGCUAAGGGCCAGCUCCCGAGGUUCAGGAAAACGGAAACAUCACACAUUCUGCUAUAGCUGUGGAGAAGAUGGCCACAUCAGGGCACAGUGUAGCAACCCUCCAAACCCGCUCUUGGUAAAGCAGAAGAGACAGGCUGCAAUGGAGUCGGGAAAUGGGAACAGGGCUUGGGAAAAGAGCCAUCCCAAGCCCAAAGCCAAGUAGGCUCAGGAGAACAGGGCACCUCUUCUUAUUUCAGGCAGAGGAAACAAAAGAGAUAUUGGAAAAAGGGAAAGGGGCAGCCCACAGAAACAGCAGGGGACUUGAGUGGGGUAGAGGGGCAAAGAAGCCAUGCCCAGGCUGAGCCCCCUCAUCCUCUGCCAGAUGAAAAAGGCUCCACUCACCAAGCUACAUGGGACUCAGUGAAGGCCAACAGUGCACUGAAGAGGUGCCAGAGACACAACUGGGGGGUUGCCCCACCCAGCACAUGGGGUGCACCAGCUGCAGGCAAAGACCCCAACACAGCAGAGGCUGAAGAAAGUAGAGCUGGGGACUCAUUCAUCAGCCCCAUCAUCUGGCCACCCCCAAAUGCCCACCCUGUGGGCUCUGAGCUAAAGAUGCCAACUGGCCCGCAGGCCACGUGGGGCCUGGAGGAGCCUUCCCCAGGACCAGCCCUGCCUGAAGGAGUCAUCUCAGACAAAGAAGAGCUGUACAACAGACAGGUAAUGCCCCAGACAGGAGGCCACAUGGUCCAGCCUGUUUUCAAGAUUAUCUAUCUACACUAUUCUAGGGGACCCCCAGGAAGGCAGAGCCCUCAAGCCCCUGCACAAGUGAGGGCAGGAGAACCAAAGGCUCUGGGAGCCUAGCACCAGCCUACAGGCAGUUUCCUUCUGCUGCAGCCUGGAAGGGCUAUAGGGGCAAGGAGAGCAAAAACUACAAGGAGAAGAUCCUUGGGCCAGAGCUUCAGCUCAGCCUGGCAGGUGGGAGUACUGGUACUUGGUGGGCCAGUACCUCACAGCUGGCUUUGGUAUGAGUGAGUGUGUAGCAGAGAAACUUUGGUUCCAAAGCAGGAGGAGGAGGAAGAGAAAGAGAAGGAAGUGGAAGAGGAGGAGGAGAAAAGGGUGUAGGAGAGAAGGAAGAGAAAGAGGUAAAGAAGGAGGAGGAGGAAAAGGUAGAGGAGAGGAGGAGGACAGGGUAGGGCUUGGUGGUGGGAGGUUGUUCUGCUUUUGUUUAUACAGUGCCACUGGAGACCAGGAGCCUGCAGGCAAGGAGGCAUGGGACUGGCCUGGUGAACGACAACUCAGCAGCUGGCAAUGCCAAGGCCAGCACCAAACCCUGCCAAUUCAGGCAGCCAGCCUGGGAAGCACCCCUGAGUGGCUGGCCCUAACCUAGGUGAGGGGCACCUGAAAAUGUGUGCCACCCACACUGGCCUGGGAGAUGUUAGGGGCCGUCUCAAGGGUGCCGGCCCCUCGGGCCGCCCAAGAGGGGGACCCUCAUUCACUGACCCGUGGAGCACAUCACUCCACGCUCUGAGAAGCCCACUUGUGCCUCUGUAGGCCCCUUACUGACCCCCCGUGUCAAGUGGCACCCCCAGCUCCCCCUACACGCACCCUAGUUACCAUUCCCGUGCAGAGCCCUGAGGUGUGCAGGAGCCCGCGGCGGGUGUCCUGGCCUAACGCAGCAGCCACCUCUCAGCCCCGGGUGUGUGCCACGAGCUUCAGUGCGAGCCCAGGCUCUGCUCGCUCUCGUCCAGUGUCGUGAGCUCAACCUCUGCUUCCUCGGUGUAGAUUUAGGCCAACUGCUGCUUGUUCUUGUGGAGAUGUGUGUGUGUUCUUAUCUGAGCAGCCGCCCACACCCCACCCCGGAGACCUCUCGAGCCCAAUCCCAGGAGAUGGCAGGAAGGACAGAAGAGAGCAUGGCUGGUGCUCACCCCGUGACCUCAGGAAGGAGGAACUGGACCAAGGGCAGAGGUGGCCUGUGGGAGUCUCCACGGAAACCGUGCUCUGAUGUGCCACUCUCUUGUUACUUGUGACUCAGUUUGUUCGGCUUGUCUGAGUACCCCGUGCUGCAUUUUCCAGCAUCCUGUGACUGUCCUGUGCAGGCCAUAGGGCAGGACCAGGCCCCACCAUGUUGGCCAGAGUGGAGAGUGCCCUGGAGUGAGGGGCCAUGGCCAGCAUCCGCAUCCAUCAUCCUGGCCAAGGGCCGAUCGUGGGGCCCUCAGGAAGGGAGACUAUGGCAGGAGGGCCAUGGUGUUGGGGGAAACAGAGGCACCUUGUUCAGGACCCCAAGAGUAGGGGUCCGUGACCUGUUGGCUGUAGUGGCCAUUAGACAUUCCUCUCUGUGUUGUCAUUCCCUUUCUUCAAUGGUUUCAAUAAAUGUUUCUCUUCAAUAAAUUUCAUUGAAUGUUUCA